CAAGAUGGGGCAUCAGCAACUCUACUGGAGUCACCCAAGAAAAUACGGCCAGGGUUCUUGCUCCUGCCAAGCAUGCUCAAACAGGCACAGUCUGAUCCGUAAAUAUGGUCUGAACAUGUGCCGGCAGUGCUUCAGAAAGGAUGCGAAGAACCGGCUUUGUCAAGCUUGACUAAACACACAAGGAUAUAUGGAGAGAAAAAAAAAUACUACUACCACUACUACAACUAAAACUACUACUACUAAUUCCUCUUUUAAGAGGAUGCUAAUCUGAAUUUUUUUCUCCAGUCAUCGCAAAUGACGCUGGAGGUGAAGUAGCCUAUUAGGCAUUUAAAUGGGACUACUACUACUACUAAUAAUAAUACUAAUAAUAAUACUAAUAAUAAAGUAGAUUGCCGCCCUAGUCACAAGCCAUGUCAACUUGGUCACAGUUUAUCAUACAAAUCUGUGUCACCAAGUUGACAUUUGACAAGUUUCUUGCGUAAAAAUUGCAGUUACAAAAAAGACUCCAUCUCACUGUAAUUUUAGAUCAAAAUAUACAGAUAAUCUUUUAC